CUCGGCAUUUUGUCAAGCAAGUGCACCCUGAAUCGUGAGCGAAUAAAAUAUAUUUAAGUUAUUUAUUUUUCAUGUCGUUAAGAUAAAGAGGUGUGCGCAAGAGCCGGAGCAAAUCUUCGUCUCUGGCGUAGGAAACCAUUUUUGGAUUAAAAACACUUUAUUCCGGCAGAGGGGGAUCCUUUAGUUUUUCUCUUCUGCAAAAUUGUUGGACGGAAUUAUGACGAAGUAUGAAAAGGCGAGUUUAUAACCUUUGAAGUGAAGUCUUUUUCUUUGUCAAAGCUUGUGCCUCAGAUUUUUGGGGAGAUGAUUCUAAAGAGCAUUACACUCUGAAAUAACGGGACAUGGCACUGAGGAAAAUUAUCUGAGGUGACGAGUGGUGGAGAUCAAGCCUCAUGGAUAUAGACCUACGCACUGACUGGAGUUGAUUUAUCUGUGGAAGACCUGCUGCAAAUGGCUGCCCUGCCUGUGUCGUCAGGAUGGAAAACAGGAUUGUCAAUAGGAUGCGGCCUGAAAAAUAUCGGCAAGUGAAGAUGUCGCCUCCGCCAGUGUGAAAUCAAUGGGGAGUACUUGCCAUGCGAAGAGCCUUUGAAAGUUUUGACAGCAGCGUGUUUGGGAGGCCUGAUACUUUGCCUUUGAUUGCACCCCUUCCUGUGAGUGGAUCUAAAGUGGAUUGUUGCUGCUAGCGCUGUGGUGUGAUUAGCCCCUUUAGUGUGUGUGUGUGUCUACUGGUGUGGCAGAGGGAGCAUGCCCCUGCAGAGACCUGGCUGUCUGAAGCUGUACCCUGCCUGGAGGGCCAUGCAGCCCCGGCUGGGCGUAGGCCUGGGUCUGGGCCUGGACCUCACCUUCCUGCUGUGGAUACUGAGCCUAGCACAGCAGGCCCUGGUCACGGCCUCUCAGAAACUGGACGAGACGGACCCCGUGGUCACCACAGUCUACGGCAAACUGAGGGGCGUCAAGAAGGAGCUCAACAAUGAGAUCCUGGGACCCGUCAUCCAGUUCCUGGGGGUGCCUUAUGCCGCACCUCCCACGGGCGAGAGGCGCUUCCAGCCCCCAGAACCACCCAUCUUUUGGCCGGAGGUCCGCAACGCUACGCAGUUCGCCCCGGUCUGCCCCCAGACCAUCGUGGAGGGGCGUCUGCCGGACGUCAUGCUGCCUGUGUGGUUUACUAACAACCUGGAGAUAGUGUCUUCUUACGUACAGGACCAGAGCGAGGACUGCCUUUUCUUAAACAUAUAUGUUCCCACUGAGGAUGGUCCCCUUACAAAGAAACACAAUGAUGAUUUAGAUGAUAAUGACGGGGUGGAGGAUGAAGACAUCCGUGAAAGCGGCAGCCCRAAGCCUGUGAUGGUAUUUAUCCAUGGGGGAUCCUACAUGGAGGGCACUGGGAAUAUGUUUGACGGCAGCAUCUUGGCAAGUUACGGCAAUGUUAUCGUCAUCACAGUGAACUAUCGGCUUGGAGUAUUAGGUUUCUUAAGCACAGGGGACCAAGCUUCCAAGGGAAACUAUGGACUUCUUGAUCUGAUCCAAGCCCUGCGCUGGACUAGCGAGAAUAUUGCUUUCUUUGGUGGUGACCCUUUACGAAUAACAGUUUUCGGAUCAGGGGCUGGCGCCUCCUGUGUCAACCUCCUGACCCUGUCCCAUUAUUCUGAAGGUAACCGUUGGAGCAAUUCAACCAAAGGGCUUUUCCAGAGAGCUAUAGCACAGAGUGGCACUGCGUUGUCCAGCUGGGCAGUCAGCUUCCAGCCUGCUAAGUACGCUCGCAUGUUGGCCAAGAAGGUGGGCUGCAACCUGAAGGACACGGUGGACCUGGUGGAGUGUCUGCAGAAGAAGCACUACAAGGAGCUGGUGGACCAGGARAUCCAGCCAGCCAGGUACCAUAUCGCCUUCGGGCCUGUCAUUGACGGAGAUGUGAUCCCAGACGACCCCCAGAUCCUCAUGGAGCAGGGCGAGUUCCUCAACUAUGAUAUCAUGCUGGGCGUCAACCAGGGCGAGGGCCUGAAGUUUGUGGAGCUCAUCGUAGACAACGAGAACGGCGUCCAGGCCAAUGAUUUUGACUACGCCGUGUCCAGCUUCGUGGACGACCUGUAUGGUUACCCGGAGGGCAAAGACAUUCUGCGUGAGACCAUAAAGUUCAUGUACACGGACUGGGCUGAUAAACACAACCCAGAGACCAGGAGGAAGACCCUACUAGCUCUGUUCACUGACCACCAGUGGGUGGCUCCGGCCGUGGCCACAGCAGACCUCCACUCCAGCUUUGGGUCACCAACGUACUUCUACGCCUUCUACCACCACUGCCAGACAGAGCAGGUGCCCCCGUGGGCAGACGCAGCCCACGGUGACGAGAUCCCCUAUGUGUUUGGCCUGCCCAUGAUUGGUCCCACAGAACUGUUCCCCUGUAACUUCUCUAAGAACGAUGUCAUGCUCAGUGCUGUGGUGAUGACUUACUGGACAAAUUUUGCCAAAACUGGUGACCCUAACCAGCCUGUCCCCCAGGAUACCAAGUUCAUCCACACUAAGCCUAACCGUUUCGAGGAGGUGGCGUGGACUCGCUACAACCAGAAAGACCAGCUGUACCUCCACAUCGGCCUGAAACCCCGCGUCAAGGAGCACUACCGGGCCAACAAGGUCAACCUGUGGCUGGAGCUGGUGCCCCACCUCCACAGCCUGAACGAGGUCACCCAGAUAAUCUCCACCACCACCAAGGUCCCCCCACCGGAGGUCACGCCCAGGACACCAAAGAAGAUCCCUGUCAACACCAAGAGGCCUAACCCRACMCCKUUCCCCACCGAGACRCAGGACAGUCAGAARCAGCCCUUCCUGGUGGARCAGAGGGACUACUCCACWGAGCUGAGUGUCACCAURGCRGUGGGRGCKUCGCUGCUCUUCCUCAACAUCCUGGCCUURGCMGCKCUCUACUACAAGAAGGACAAGCGGCGGCACGACGUUCACCGGCGCUGCAGCCCCCAGCGCAACACGACCAACGACCUGGCUCACACACAGGAGGAGGAGAUCAUGUCCCUGCAGAUGAAGCACACGGAUCUGGACCACGAGUGUGACGCCAUGCACCCACACAAGGUGGUUCUGAGAACUGCCUGCCCGCCAGACUACACGCUAGCCAUGCGACGCUCUCCUGACGACAUCCCCCUCAUGACCCCAAACACGAUCACCAUGAUCCCCAACACCAUGCAGGGCCGCCAGUCCUUGCACAACUUCAACACCUUCCCCAGUAGUGGACAGAACAACACCCUGCCUCACCCACACUCACACUCCACCACCAGGGUAUAGCCGGACGGACGGACGCUGACACACACAGCACACGCCAGAGCUCACACCCAGCCUGAAUCAAACGGAUGUGGAAUAACUUCUACUCCUGUGAAUAUAUGAAAGGAAUAUAGGAAUGUUGCUGGGACGGGAGAAUAAUUUCAUUUUAUAUAAAAGAAGAUAUGAUUAAAAGUACAAAAAUAUUUCAAAUGAAAAAAUGAAUAAAGAGAAGGAUCAUUUUUAUUUCUGGUAUUGCAACAAAACAAGGUCAACUUUUCCAGCUAUAGAUAUCGCCUUCGGAAUUUUAUAAACGAUUGCUUGAUCCUGUUAUCAUGGAAAAGAGAGAAACCUCAGUGAAACCUCAGAGGAGUAGCAGGGCCGCUUUGUAAAUGAAAGAAAACAUAUUGUUUUCCUGAGGCAUCAAACUGUAGAUUACUCUUUCUGGAGCCAAGAUGAGAUGCCGCUUAACCAAUUUAGGCAUGUGUUACUCUACAAGUAGAGGCAGUGUAAGAUAUGACAAAAACUAUCUAGAGAGAGGGGGAAAACUCUUAAAGAAUAUGCACAAUGUAGACAUUUUUUAAAUGUCUUGGAUUCUUUUCAUCAAUUUAUUUUUGGGGAACAGUUUUAUUGUAUAGAACCUAUUUACAUAUCUAGAUAUGUACACAAAGCACCAAUGCUGUUUAAGUCCUUCUUGGGCGUCAAUACCGCAAAUCUGCCAGCAGAACAAAAAAGGGGGGAUCCACUGGCUUUCUGGCAAAUACAGCUUCAUCACACAAGUGCUGUCUAUACCGAGAGCUGGAGGACAAAGGAUACUGGAUAUUUUUAGCACGACGCGCAUGACAAUUUAUCUGCUUGAUGGCUGUUCUGCUGAUUAAGUCAUAAUUAAGAAUACUUUUCAUCCCCAUUGGAUUGGUUUGAAGGAACACUACUGAUUAGCUUACAAAUCCAUAGGACUUUGGGAAUGGUCACAUGGGUGAAGGUCAUGGGUCAUAAUUGGGGACAGUAGGGGAGGGUGGGCUUAUGGUAACUACAGUACAUACACAAUAGCUUGAGUGAACAUGGGUAUAAGGACUAGUUUUGUACAAUUUGUGUUGGUACAACUUUUUGAUAGUGGUGAAUCACUCGCUGUUUGGGAUCCCAAUGGAGGGACCUUUCAUUGUACUCUUUUAGUUUGGAUCAAUGUUCUUUGCUAUUAUACAUAUUGGGUUUCUUAUCACCACUCUUGACUAGUUCAAGACCACUUUAAUGUAGAAAAGUAAUUACCUGCACUGUUGAUUCUUUUUUGGGGGGUGGGGUUCGUAUGAAUGAUUCCUGAACACAAAGCGUGCCCAGGGCUAUGAAGAAGGGAAGGUGAAGGCUAGGGAAUAGGAGCACCUCUUGACUGCAUACAUUUUCUUUCCUCCUAUUAUCCUUUCAUAGAGUAUGUUCCGUAGCGCUGUUUAAAGAUUAAUGCGUAUAAAUGUGUAAUUGAAGCGAGGAGGCCCUCCGCUGACAUGUUGGAUGUGCCUGCAACCCAACAGCAGGAGGAAGAGAGGCGGGGUGGAGAAAGAGAGAGAGAACAGGGGCUCCAGGAACUCCCAUGGUACACCUCUCCCAGGGAGGAAACAGCAUUCAGUAGAACCGCUUAGAACCGUCUAGCCAGCACCCUUGUCUCUCACAGAGUAAUUUCCAUUUGCUUCUGUUCUGUUCUUUUUUAUUUUCUACUGAUGAUGCUGUACUGUAUUGUCUCAGAUUUUCUAGACUUUUAGUUCUUGUUGUUCUGUAGCAUGGUUUAUUCGUGAACACACGCCUUGGUGUCACAUUGUACAAGACAAUAAGUGUGUUACCAUGACUGUCCUGCUAACCCCUAGGCAGCCCAUAGUGAAUGUUCCUGCCCUCACAAUGCCAGAGUGCAACUUCCCUCUGCCAGCUAUCGCAGGCCAGGGGAGUAACAAUGUGUUAUACAAAUACAUACCAGAGUGAAUAGCUUAAAGGAGGAAGCCGCUGAGGGGAAAAUUGUUCUCUAAACAGUCAAAAGCCCCACUGUACUCAAGCUGAGAGUGAAGACGGCACAUAAGUAAGACAAAGUAGUAAGAAAAACACUUGUCCUCCCAUUUUCCUGUCAAUAAAGGCUGGAUAUAAUGCAUCUGCUGAGGGGAGACAGUUGCUCUACAGUCAUUCAAAGUAAGAACAUACCCUGCCAAACAAUGGGACGUAGACAAGGUAUAGCUUUUCUGGGGGAGGUGAAGGUAAAUUAUAGUCCACAUUGCCCAAAACUAAAACGCAAGCAAUUUCAUCAGCCUAUAUUGCAGUGGUGUGACCUCUAAACAAUGCUCCUCACUGGAGAAAUGACACAGGGGGAGAGAAACGCCCAGCGAAUUAAACAUGUAAUUGCACUACGGACAAAUGAUAAAGUAAUUGGAGAACAACAUUGGAGAGUUGGCAGGAGAGGCGAACGCCACAGAAGCACUCACUGUAGCACGCAGGAUGAAUGAUUGGGGAUUAAGUGGUGCGGGGAGAAAACUGUGCUCUGUUUCUGAAUAACACAAAACCUCUGACACAGAGCCAGUCCUGAACAGGAUGUUCCCAUGAACCCCCCCCUUCACCACUCCGUACCCUACUGGGGAGGAUUGGAAACAGAGUUUGAAAUGGGACAACCGGUACUACCCUCCUCUCCCUACCUCCUUACCUCCCAAAAAGGCUGAUUCUGCACAUCCCCCAUAUUAAAUUACUGCAGGUAUGAAUAUGGAUAGUUGCUGCUCACUAUACUCUUUCUCCACCAUGCUCCCUCAGUGGUUUUAAAGGCCCAGUGCAGUCAAAAACUGGGUUUCCUAUGUAUUAUAUAUAUUUCCACACUGAGGUUAGAAUAAUAWUGUGAAAUUGUGAGAAUUAUGAUAAUGCCCUUUUAGUGUAAGAGCUGUUUGAAAAGACUGCCUGCAAUGUCAGCCUG